AUGCCCGGGAGGAAGGCGCGUAAGAUCGCUCCACCGAGCCCACCGCGGGCUCCGGCAGAGCCUGAAGUUGAGUGUGCCAAUCAACUCCGGAGAAUUGGAGACAAACUGAGUUUCCGGCAGAAACUGCUGAAUCUGAUAUCUAAACUCUUGCCUUCAGGAACAUGA